GGCGGUGCUUACAGCUCAAGUGGGUGCCAAUCAAAACAUCAACUUCAAAUUGUAUCUGAAAGAUCAGCCUAGGACCUAAGGGCAGACACAUCAGUUGGAGCUCAAUUGUUGAUCAGAUCACAUCUAAGGGAUUUAGGAGCACAGAAGAGCCGAGAUUUGAGGAAAGACACCCCACUGAAUCCUUCCACACUCCUCCUCCUCCAUAUCUAGGUUGCAAUAUAUCUCUGACAGAAAGAAAUCAGAACGAAAAAAGAAAAUUAUCGGCUCGAUUUCUGUUCUCUCGCCCUGCCUGACUCCAGUAAAGAAGUGGGGGCGGGGGGGAGAGAAAAAAAAAAAAAGAGAGAGAAAGAAAGCCAGAGAGAGAUCCAGAGAAGCCCGGGUUUGUUCCGCUCCCCUCCCCGGCUGUCCAGGCUCCCUCCUCCCCCUUUUUUUUUUUUUUUUUGUAUAAUUCCUUCCCCCCCCCCCCUUUUUUUUUUUUUAAUUUUAUAUUUCUGCCGCUUCUGCCGCCGCCGCCAGUGCCGCCGCCGCUGUGCCCGCGCCCCGGAGAUGUCCUUCCCCCAGCUGGGCUACCCGCAGUAUCUCAGCGCCAGCCAGGCGGUGUACGGGAGCGACCGGCCCGGGGUGCUGGCCGCCGCCGCCGCCGCCGCAGCCGCCGCCGCCGCCGCUUCGGGCCGGCCCGCGGGCGCCGAGCUGGGCAGCGGCUCGGCCGCUGUCACUUCGGUUCUGGGCAUGUACGCCAGCCCCUACAGCGCCCCCAACUACAGCGCCUUCCUGCCCUACACCGCCGACCUCGGCCUCUUCUCCCAAAUGGGCUCCCAGUACGAGCUGAAAGAUAAUCCGGGUGUCCACCCCGCUACCUUUGCUGCCCACACUGCCCCCGGCUAUUAUCCCUACGGACAGUUCCAGUAUGGGGACCCGGGGCGGCCCAAAAACGCCACCCGGGAGAGCACCAGCACCCUCAAGGCCUGGCUCAACGAACACCGCAAGAACCCCUACCCCACUAAGGGCGAGAAGAUCAUGUUGGCCAUCAUCACCAAGAUGACCCUCACCCAGGUCUCCACCUGGUUCGCCAAUGCCCGCCGGCGGCUCAAGAAGGAGAACAAGGUGACCUGGGGCUCCAGGAGCAAGGACCAAGAAGAUGCAAAUAUCUUCGGGAGUGACAACGAGGGGGACCCGGAGAAGAAUGAAGACGACGAGGAAAUCGACCUGGAGAGCAUAGACAUAGAUAAAAUCGACGAGAACGAUGGGGAGCAGAGCAAUGAGGAAGAGGAGGAGAAACCUGAACUCCUGAGACAAAGCAGUGAAGAGGAGCACUUGGAAAAGGAGAAGGAUUUGGCACUGACAGGGUCUGAAGGCCUGAAACCCAAAGACACACUGACCAUGGUGAAGGAGGCCUCUGACAACAGCACACGAAUCAUCAGUCCCGGGGGACAGAACAAUUUACAGAUGCCAUCUCACAGCAAACCCAAGAUUUGGUCUUUGGCAGAGACAGCAACCAGUCCUGAUGGUGCCCUGAAAUCUUCUCCCCCUCCACCCCCUCCUCCCCAGGUUAACCACACUUCUCCACAGAUCCAGCACCCCGCUUUUCUCCCUAGCCAUGGACUCUACACAUGCCAGAUUGGCAAAUUUCACAACUGGACAAAUGGGGCUUUCCUCACUCAGAGUUCCCUGCUAAAUGUGAGGUCUUUUUUGGGAGUAAAUCACCACCACGCUACUCAUCACAAUCAUCACCUCCAGGCCCAGCAACAACCUUCUGUUUUAACAGCCACCCUGGGAGCCCUAAGCAGUGAAAAACCUUCAGAGAGGACCAGUCCCAAACACAUAGAAAGAGAAAAUGUACCAAGAACUGACUCCCCACCUCAGCCGCUAAAAUCGCCCUUCCAGCCUGUCCGUGACAAAUGUCCAUAAAAGGCAAGGUGUGAAGAAUGGGGGCGGCUGGCAGAAGCACGCUGGACAGGCUGUUGGCACACAAGCAGCACGGGGCUGAUGAGUCAUAAGUGCCAAAGGGAGCCUCAAAACACCGGCUCUGUCAUGUGUCCACCUUCCCCUGGCUCCCAGGGCUCAAUUUGUGGGGGAAGGCCUCCCUGCCAUUUCAGUGACCACCCUGUGCCUAAGUCCCACUUUUCACACCACCCACCUACCCACAGGCUGCUGGCGCAUGGAGAGGUACCCUGAAACCCAGCAACCUGCCAUGGGUCAGGCAGUCAUGGCCUAAACCAUCUGGGGCAGAUCCCUGCUGGCCCAUGGGGAGCAGAAGGUUGUGUGGAGUUGUGCCGUCCGGGACUGCUGGUCCCACUCUGCCAGGGUGACCGACGAGGCCUGAGCCCAGCGCCAGCUUUGUCGGGACUGUGGCGAUGAGGGACAUGGGGCCCGAUUCCAGGUUUGGAGCUGCCAAGUUUUACGUUUCAGCAGUAAAUCUUACCUGGGACUAACAAAUCAAGUAAAAUGCUGGAACAUGUAAUAAACAUGGCCUGCGUAGUGUGUUUUCCAGUGAGAAGUUACAGAAACGGCUCCUGGCGAGGUUGGUGUUCCCCAUUGUGCGGUGCCCCCAUGCAGUGCCGUUCAUAGCUUGCCUGUAAAACCAGCCAUGUGGACAGGAAUCGCUGGAAGAACCAGGAGACUGAAAACCCCAUAGAAAUGGGUAUUCAAAAUUUAAGACUUAGAAAAUAUGAGCUCUUAAAACUAAACAAUGUACUUCUGUGAGGAAUUAAUUUACUCGAGUCCCGUCACCUUUAUUAAUAUUAGUUUUGGCUUCUCUUUUGUGUAUGUAAAGAGAAUACAUGCAUGAGUGUUUGCAAAAAAAAAAAAAAAAGCAGAAAAAAUACAUCAUUUAUCUGUUUUUUACUUACUUUAAUUAGCAUUACAGACAUCCUUCACAUCUGACAGCCAAACUUGUAUCCCGACAUGUGCCUUUGGAGCCAAGCUAAUGCAAAAAUGCAAAUGCGGGACGCACACGGAUAGGUACCGGUGGUGCCUCUCCUGAGAAUACAAAGUGCCGGCGUAAACUCCAUGCAGAACUAAAGGCAGGUUUAAAAAGUAACAUUUAUUUUUACUCCAGAUUUAUGGCUGACCCGUAGAUAAUUAAAGGUUUUAUUUUGAGCUGUUGGCCCCACACAAUACAUUGUCCUUUGUUGCUGCACAAGUAGCGCUUUCCCUGUGCUGCCUACGGUUCAAAAACAAUGAAGCAAUCCAUUUAUUUUGUUGGUCAAUUGUAGCACAAAGUGAGGUGGUCAGUGUGGAAAGUUUAUCACUGUCUUGUCCCUUUGGAGGAGGCAGAGCAUUCACACACCCUCUGCCCCAGUACACAAAUGUCAGUCUUUUUGCAGGCUGCUGUUUUCCUUUUGAAGAUGCCGAUGGUGUCUCUGAUCCACUAAUCCAUUUAUCCAGUUUCAUGAGUGCAUUGGCUGAAUACGCUCACAAUAGCCUUGCCCAGCUGGAAACAAGAAGUCAGGGAGUGCAGCCGGCACACCCACCAAUGCCUGACACCACUCUUGUAUGAGGCUUGAGUGCUUGUCUCAAAAAAAAACCCCAUCCCAACCCAAACCAAAACCCCCAGAGCCCUCAACCUGCUGCAAUGUGCCCGAUACUGUGAUCCUUCCCUCCCUGAGAGCAGAAGUGUUUUUAGAACCGUCUAUAAUGUACUACAGGGUUGUAUUAUUUUCAUGAUAUUUGGCUGUGUCAGUGAGGGUUGAAGCUUGAGGAAAAAAAAUGCCUCCGGGACUCUACAAACAAGUGCACAUUAAAGAAACUGGUCAGUUGCUGCCAAGCAGGAGGGUGCAUGGGGGAGGCAGCGGGCAACGGGCUUCCAUUUGUGUUCAGUGCUGUGCCGUUAUUUGCCAGCUUUUUAUUGCAUUUUAAAUGUAUGUUUAAUUACCAGUGUUAUUGGUAAUAACAGAAUGUUUGAAAAUAUUAAAUACAUUUGUGAGCUUGUGUGAAAAAAGAAGUUAAAAGGUGUUCGGUGCACAGAAUGUUAAAAAGAUCUCACAAUGAAGUGAUUAACAUUUUUAUGAAUAAAAUUAAUCACGCAUUAACUCUGCAGCUCAAUACAUCUGAAUGCCAAAUGUUGCACAGCAGCCCUUUCCCCUAAACCCAAGAAUUUUGGAUGCAGUAUUGACCCACAUCAAACAGUCAUCUAUUAGUAAUGGCAGUGUAGUUAUGAGAAGAUAUUUUAAUAAUGUACAUUUACAUUUGAGGCAAGCAAAUAAAAAGGAGAAAAGAAAUUUGGGGUAUUUUGUCAGGAUUUGUGAGGACCGGUAGGCACAUAAAAUACAUUAGGAAGCAGUCAAUAGGGGCAACUGUUUGGAGAAAAAAGAAGUUUAUGCUGCGCUUAUGGAAGCAAGGAGCAAAGUCACCGUAGUAAACAGAUUCCAGUGGAUUGUGCUGAGCUCUCCUCAGUUCUUAUUAGUGUACUCAUUGUUCUGGACAAAGCUUAUUAGGUUUUAAGAUGGGAGCUUAACAUUAUUAAAAUUUCCACUGUGUCAGAUAAUAAAAUGUGAUCUCUUUCUCUCUCUCUCUCCCCCCUUCCCUCCGUGUGUCUGUGUAUAUGUGCACGCGCACGCGCGCGCGUGUGUGUGUUUUCUAAUCUCUUGCCACUGUGGUUUUGGGAUUAUUCCAGCAGGCUGUACAAAGGAAAGCAAAGGCAUCUGAAGUGUCACUCUACAGCUGUGGCAAAGUAACAGAAUUUCCAUUUUGUUGAUGCUCCCAGCACAUGUGUGCAGCAGAAGGUGAUAUCAAAGGAGCCGUUCUUCCUCAGUUCUGCACAUUAUUUUUCACUGCUGUGGCGAAUCUCUCUGAGCUCCGUGAACCAAUAAAACAACGGUCCCUGUUUGAGUUGAUAUAUUAAUAUUUACUGAGGAUUUGCAAGGUCGGGGCUAAAUGUCAGCAGAUUGCUGGGGCAGUACUGUGGGGAAUAAUUAAACAAAUCUCACAGCAGUUCAGCCUCCUAACAUCUUUAUUAAUUUUUUUUCCUCUUUUUUUUUUUUUUUUUUUUUUCCUUUCUGGAAACAGUACACUGAAAUAGUGCUUUUCCAGCCUUAGUGAAGAUUUGAGAGAAGUUUAAUAAUAAAAUCCUGGAUUGGAAGUAUUUGGUUUUGACAGUUGCUUGGCCCACUUGCCUGCAGAUGUUAGUUGGUUUUGAAGGCUAUGAUGUGUGAAUUAUCACCAAGCUGCUGGGAUUCUCACCUGCCUCUCCAUCAAAUUUGUCUUGACCAGUCUGCCAAGUACAAUAACAUCGCUACUAUAAAUGGAGACCCAAAUUGGCUUCAUUAAGUAGUGGGUCUGCUUCUCUAAGAGAAGAAACUGGAGGACCCCAAUUCAGUACACACAUGUCCCUUAACAUGAUUAUAGUGUGCACUUUAGUACAACUUAGACAAUUCUCUUUAAUAAGCUUCAUAAUUAGUGUUGGGAUGCCUCAUUACAAGUCAUUGCCUGUAGCAGUCCUAGGCCAAACAGCCCUUCUCAAUCUGAUUUAUUUUAUUUUAUUUUUUUUUUAUCAGGCAGCAGGAGCUGUCUAGAGCUUUUUGUUUGUAUAAUGGGGACUUGCAUUAAGCCCCCAGUGUAAAAAUACCACAAGGAAAUUAAUUGCUUCUGUGCAGAUUCACCACAGAUGUGUCCUGUUAUGGGGAAUGGUGUAUUUCUGACAUUGCUAUACUGCAGUGUGUUGGGAGGAAAAAAAAAAGUCUGGAAAAACUACAAAUGCAAACAUAUUAGCAUCCAUAUAGAUUCCUUAUGUUGUAACUGAAAACAAGGAGAUUUCUAAAGUGUGUCAGGGCCUUCAAGCCUUUUUUGAAAUGAAAUGGAUUUUUUUUUUCUGAUUUUAUUUUAUUUUAUUUUGUUUUAAUGCUCAAACCCCACUAAUAAAAUACACAUGGCCACAUAUUCUGUUUGGUACUGGCUGAUAAAUGUGGUACUUAAAAUAACACACACGAGGAGUGUGGUGACUCAACGCAAUAAGAAGGCUGACACACAAAGCUGCCCUCAAGGUCAGUGGUUUGUUAUCUAUCACUGUUGGUCAGGUUGUGAAUCACAGCUGCAAGUUUCAGCAAGUUAAGGGGAGGAGGAGCAUUCAGAGUGCUUGCCCUGUGGAAAAGAAAAGCUGAGCUGGUGGUUUGUUAGCUGCAGCUGAACAUCACCCUGCAGCUUCUGGGUAAUGCCCAUUCCCCUGUCACUACAGCAAAGCUGGAAAGUGCCUUGAUCCAGAUACGAGUGCUUUGAUUUACUUGUUAGAAUUCAGGUGGAAGGGUUUAGGGUUAGCAAGUCCACCACUGCAGAGCCUUGUAGCACUGCCCUCUCGUUAUUUAUAUUGAUUUCUUUCAUCUUAAUCCUUGUAAACUUCAGUUUUGACUUCGGGCUGAUCCCUCUGAUACAGUUGCAUUUGCCUAGUGACAUCACUAUUGAUAACAGAACAUUAACAAUUCACCUCACAACAGUUAUACGAAGGAAGACCCAUUUAGAAUAACAUAAUGUGGGAGCUGUGGUAUUAGGAAUAACUAUUUGCAUUCUUCACGUGUGACUGUGAAGUGGACUCCAUCUAUUAAUUCUAGGCGCUGCAAAAUGAAAAGAAACCAAACAAACCAACAAGUGUCUCCUCUACUCAAAUUCAGGAUGUUGCCUGUCUGAUAAUGAUACAGUAGCAAAAGUAAUAAAACUGUUCUAGUAAUGAACCUCCCAGAUUAGAUUUUCUAAGUAUGCGUAACAUGAAAAAUUCACCAUCAAGUUAAAUUUCUGUAUUCAGGCCCACUGAAUUUACAUACAGGAAAGACUUCAUAGGCCUUAAUGAAUGUAUCUGACAGACAUGAUUUCAAGAAAAUCCACACAUUAACUGCAAGCAACAGUGGGAACAUGUAAAUUGAACAUGAACAGAUCAGAUCAGCGUUCAUUUUUACCACACUGCACUUCAUAGGAUCUUUUACCAGCUGUUUCAGAGCAAAUCCUUCAAGUUUUUUUUUAUAAAAGGAUAAAUAAUUUACACCUUCACACGAAAAACUAUACGUAAAAUAAGAUAAUUUUAAAAAUUGGAAAAUUAAUUUUAAAAGAGAUGGUAAACCUUGAAAAAUACUGUUUUGCAAAGUGAGAUUAUGAUAAUUGUAUCUAUGUGGUUCUUCUAUACACAGAGGAAAAGGGAAAAUGGAUACUGUCUUCAUCCCAGAGAGGCAUGUUUUAGGUUGUGUGAGGGAUUAGGAGAUAGAUAUAGAUGCUUUAAUUCAGCAUCUCCCUUUGGAGAAGAGUAACACAUAAAUUCCUUCUCAAGUUACAUUUUCUCUGUAGUCAUCUUCUUACUAACUUUACAAUAAAUAAAAGCAGUAGAAAGGAGGAGGAAGUGGAAACCAAUUCAUGUCACCAACUACCUUUUUUUUUUUUUAAUUUAUAUGGUCUUCUACUAUUGUAUAUGUGAGUGCAUGUGUAUGUUAGAGAACGAAGAAAUUAUUCCCCCAGGCCUUGCUCUUAGGGGCCGCUCUGUGAAUCUAAGUGAUUACAUGUGGACAAGAGGUAAGAGGAGGUGAUUUACUGUGAACACAGGAAAUUUGUAUACUUCUGGUAAUCUGUGGUAAAUCUACCAGGAAGCUAACGAAGUCUGAUCUUGCUGUAUGUCUUGUGUGGCUGCUAUCUGGUUAUGAGGAUGCUCUCAGAAGGAGUGUGAAAGCUAAGUGGUUUGGCUCCUUGAAAUGCCCAAACACAUGGCUUUCUUAGGCAGGACAAGUCAACAGUCUGCCUAAGCCCUCCCUUACCUAUUCAUGCAAGGUACAUGAAGGAUCAGAGAAGCAUAACAGAAGUGCUGUUCUCACUGACAAACUUGUCCCUCUUAAUUGCUUUUCCAUGGUAAGUGGCAUGUGCAUGUUCUUGGUUUUACUAUGCUAUUCGUUUGCCUGCCCCCUCCCACCCUCCAAAAAAUAAAAAAAUUACUUAUAGUACAGUAUAGAUCCUAUUUACAUCUGUUUGAUAGCCUCUUACCAGCUUUGAGAAACUGAUUCAGUUUGUUCAUAUUUCUGUGGAGAGCAUCCUUUGAUAGUACAUGAUAUUUGUGCACACAGUGCAGGUCUUUUGGGUCUUGGGUAUGAUCACCAACAUAAAAUGGAAGGUUCUCGCUUGCAUGUUUGACAAGUGGCUCUUAUCUUUGGAACCUCAAUCUGCUCAGUCUCUCCUGACAAUAAGCAGUCAUAACUCUGGGCUCAGUGACCAUGGAUGUGGCUUCAGUCAGUUGCUCCUGGAGUGGAAGGGGUGUGGCUGAAGACCAUUUGUAGUAAGGGUUCAUCGAUCAUCUUCAUCCCAUCUUCUCAGGGUCUUUCACUGUCCUCGAGAUUUUUAUCUUGGUUCUUUCUUUCUUUGUCCUCUCUCUCAAAUAGUAUCCUCUUUGUUUCUCCCUGUGCCCUCUCAGCAGAUAGGAGGCUUUCCCAUGUGUUGCUGUAAGAAUAGGCUGCUGUCAGCAGACAGCCUGACUGUUCUUGUCUUCUACACCAGACCUCCAUGUCUCCAUGCCUCUACUCUCCCUUCCUUCUCCAAACUAAAAGCAUUCUCCUCCUCUCUUACUUGAAAAACUGACACUUUUACACUUCUUGUGAAACUACAAGGGAAAAAAAAAUAUUUCCACACUGAGUGCCCACCUCCAUCAUUCCUUUAGAUCAGAAAGCACUCCUCAACUCACUAUUGAGGAUGUCAUUUUACUGGGCUUUUGGGAGAAGGUGACAAAUGAGAUGCUGCUCUCAGGUCAUCACUACAAACAUCACAGCUUGUUAUCCUGUCCAGUCUUCUGCUGGCCUUGAUCCAAACAGAAAAAUACAAGAAUACUGCUCUUUUUCCUGAUGGAAGCUGCUCUUUCCAUCAGUUUCAAAGGAUGGCAGAAAAAUGCUGUCUGUGAACCUCUUAGUCAGAAGCAGCACAAUCACUCAUAUCUCUGAUCCCCGGGAGAAUAUUUACACUUGACAAUCAUCUCUUUCAGACCUUCCCUUGGAAUGAGACUUGAGUCUUACAGGUCUUCUGUAAGAGUCCAUUAGUCCAUACCUAAAUGUGCAGAGGUUCUCAUCUCCCAGGAUCAGGGCAUGUGCGUGCAGAUCUCACAGGGAAGACAGAGAAAGCAGCAGUAGAGCUAAGGGCAGUCCCAAAGGACCUCAAGCCCAGAGAACUAACACAUGUUGGAAAGUUCAAAAAAUAUUUUAUUGUUGUCAAAUGUAUAAACCUGAUGUGCAAUUCUAACCAGAUCAGGCUUUGGGCCGUUUGCCCAGUUAUUCAUAAGGAAGUGUCCAGAGUGGGUAAGAUUGUGAGAUUCUCCUGGGACACAGCUCUUGAUCUGGUUAUUUCUUGUUGUGUUUGAUAAUACACAGUUCUCUGCCAGAGGGAAUUCUGGGCUUAUAUCCAUGUUCAUCCUCAUGUUCAGGCAACAGGGACAAGACUAGUUAUGGAAGUGUGCUAUGUUUAAAUUGAGGGUCCCUCUGAGGGAUGGGGCAGUUGUGUGAAUUCUGGUCUGAAAGUGAUCUCCAUCCUUCCCUCUACUUCCUCUUCUGCAGAAUGAACACUGUCUUGGGUUUUUUUGCUGUAAAUCUGCUUUCCUUAAAUAUUUUAUUGUCUUGCUGCCUAGAAAUGUUGAGGGAAUUUCCUCAGAAAGUUGUGAAAUGUAGCUUGUGAAGUAGUUAAUCAGCACACAACAAUUAUUCCCUCUCAUCUGGUGUAGAGGGAUAGUCUGAAUAUCCCAAUAUAGGAUUUUCAGAGGACUGUACGGGAAGCAGAAGUGUAUCCUACACAGUGUGAGAGAGUAACUGAUCUCCCGCUUGUGAGUAGUACUCACUGAUAUGUGGAGGAAGAAUAACUUCUAGAUGCAUGAAGAAAGAGUUUGCCAGCCUGGAAACAUGGUGCUGGGCAGUGGAUAUCUUUGGAAUAGCUCUCACUGCCACUAUGCAGUGAUUCCAAACAAGCUGAGGGGUUUGCCUCAAUUGGGUGCAAGUCCCUGCAAAGCAAAUAAUAGGAAGUUGUGGCAAGAGGUCACUCAUAGACUUAUGUGCAUGAUAGAUGUUUUGCUCUCUGUCUUUCCUGAAAUAUCCUUCUUUAGGAGAUAUCAUCUUCUGUCCUACUUUCCUCCAUUAUGUUUUGAGUUACUAGUUUGGAGAUCUGUGUUCCCAUCUUCCAUUCCAAGAACAGAAUGAGUUGCACAGUAGUUUCUUUAUACAUAGCUCUUUAUACAUUGCACCCUUACAGGUAGAGUUACUCCCAUUGGUUUGUGAAGCUCCAUCGGCUUUUCCUACUGUUUUCCUCUCUACAUUAGGUUGACUUGGUCCAAACUGACAGUACUCUCCGUAGAACUGGAAUUGCUGCAACUGAUGUUACCAUACCAUGCUCCUAAACUAACUUUGUCUAGAUUUUCUCCUGAGUUGAUGAUUUCCCAGAGGCAGCAUAUUGUUAUUUGCUUGGCUGCUAUACUUAGAAUUAAGAGGUCAAUGUGUGCCAUGUCUUUUUGAAGAGAUACACUUUGUGUGCAGAAAGGAGGUAUAGGGACAUGACGUGAAGAACUUAUGAUCUUAUGUUACAAAAUUGUUUAGGGGCUUUUUUUGUGUGUAUGUGAGAGAGUUGUGGAUAAUGUUAGGUUUUUUCAGGAGGGGCACUGCAGAGAACAGGUAUUGAGGCUGUAUGGAAGUGUAUGCUGGAGGUGUUGGACACUUCCAUGUUUGUUUGCCAUCUAUUUCCCUGUUCAAGCAGCAACAUGCUUACCAUGCCCCAGAGAACAUUUAAAAACUAGAUGAAAACAAGGGAGUUUGGUCAGGGAAUUUGACCUCAGGGCUGUCCACAGAACCAAAUUACAAAAAAGACAGUGUAGACAUAGCUUUCCAGGUUGGCAUGUGUCCACUGUAGUAAGAAUAAUUGAUAUUUUGGAUAAAAAAGAAGAAACAGGAAAACAUCAAAGACUAUUUUUGCAAGUUUUUGGGAAUUUAUGUGUUCAAGGACAUUGCAACAUCAAUACUAUUUGAAUAGAUUCAGUCGUUUCAAGAGUCAUUCAUUCACAUACAGAUAAGAGUUCAUGGAAAUAGUAAACUCUAUUUUAGGUUCACAGAACUUUGUAAGUAUACCCAGAUUUACUGCAGCAGCUGAAAAACAUUCAAGGGUGUUCUAAUGUGUAAGACUUAACAUUUUAUCUAUUUUGUUUGCUGCAGUCCGGUGAAACAUUUGGCACUCUUUUCCAUAUUUCACUUGUUAGUCACUCCCAGUCACUCUGAGUUCAAAUGUGCCAUCUUUACUCAUGCAAGUAAUGUUAAAUACAGGAAGAAUAACUGUCUUCCAGGAGUCUCAAUAGAAGAGUCAGUCCCAGUAUUUCCUCAAGAACAUAGCUUGCUAUUCUAACUUUCAUUAUAGCAGAAUUCUUACACAGUUGUUAUAUUUUAAGAUGGAUGAAUGAGAAUUUUUAGGUGACUGGGGAGAGUGUUUGUGGGAUAAACAAGACAUCUUUCCUUCAAUUUUGAGGAGAUAUGUAUUUUCCCACUUUAGAAAUCAUGUUUUGUAUCUUUUUUGGGCAACUGCUAUCACUGGCCACAAAGAUGUUCUAUAAAUUUCAGGAUAUGGGCAGAGUUUGUAAGAAUCUUGCUUAAUUAUGUGAUAUAUUGUGUUAUAUUGAUUAUGUUAUUACUUGUAAAUCCUGUUCCUUAUUAAAGCU